AAAAAAGAUGGCCAUAUUAUUUUCAUUUGUGUGUGUAUCCAUAUAAAUAUACAAUCAAACCAGGUGUUAGAAAUAAGCCUACAAAGAUAAUAAGUGGUUAGUUAGCCUUUAGACUUUUUGGUGCUUAGAAUCUUCCAAACCAAAACCUUGCCACCAACUUCUAUCCUCCUCUUUGUUUUUCAAAUCAUUUGGUUGGUUCACCCCUAAACUUGACCAGAUUAAUCCCUCAUAUGAACUGGUUCAUACCUACUUAUACUCAUAAUCAACACCAACAUUGCCAACACAUUCAUUCAUAUCUUUCUGUAAAUGGCUCCAAGAAAAGCCAACGCAUGGAGAACAAUUUUAUUUGGGUGUUUCACAAACAAGGCCCCAACUUUUGAUCCUCAGACUCUUGUUUCUAAAUCUGGUUUGUCACAGAGGUUAUCAAUAUCUGAUGUUGAUUCAUCCUUAUCGCAAAUAAACGCUCUUUCAAAUUCUAUUGUUGGGUGGGACCUUCAUGAAUUCACUUUGGAUCAACUUACUAGGAUCACACAUGACUUUGCCUCUAGCAAUUUCCUAGGAGAAGGCGGGUUCGGUCCGGUUCAUAAAGGGUUCAUAGAUGAUAAGAUGAGGCCAGGGUUAGAGGCUCAACCAGUUGCAGUCAAGCUUUUGGAUUUGGAUGGUAGUCAAGGUCACAAUGAAUGGCUGGCUGAAGUGACCUUUUUGGGGCAAUUGAGGCAUCCUCACCUUGUGAAGUUGAUUGGUUAUUGUUGUGAAGACAGAAACAGGCUUCUUGUUUAUGAAUACAUGGCAAGGGGCAAUUUGGAGAGUCAACUAUUUAGAAGGUAUUCAAUAUCUUUGCCAUGGCUAACCAGAAUCAAAAUAGCCCUUGGUGCUGCAAAAGGACUAGCCUUUCUUCAUGGGGAGGAAAAGCCCGUGAUUUAUCGCGACUUCAAAACUUCAAAUAUACUAUUGGCAUCGGAUUAUACGGCUAAACUAUCGGAUUUUGGUUUAGCAAAAGAUGGUCCAGAAGGAGACGAGACACAUGUCAGUACACGUGUAAUGGGAACGCAUGGAUAUGCUGCCCCAGAGUACAUCAUGACGGGUCAUUUAACAACCAUGAGUGAUGUCUAUAGUUUUGGGGUGGUUUUACUAGAGUUACUGACAGGAAGAAGAUCCAUGGACAAAAAACGCCCAAGCAGAGAGCAAUGUCUAGUGGAGUGGGCUAGACCACUUUUGAAAGAUCCAAACAACCUUGACCGGAUUAUGGACCCUAAACUAGACGGUCAGUAUCCAAUUUUAGGGGCUACAAGAGCAGCGACUUUGGCUAGCCGCUGCCUGAGCCACCACCCAAAAUGCAGACCCCCGAUGAACGAAGUGGUCAAGAUUUUGGAACAUAUACUAGAACUAGAUGAUUUCCCAGUUGGUUCCUUCGUGUAUAUUGCUCCUAAAGAAGGGGAAAAGGUAAAUGUAAAAAGUGAAGAAACGAUUGAUCGUAAAGAGAAACAAAAAGAUAAUAGUGAUAUGAGUAGUGGCGAUGAUGUAGUGGUGGAGGUGGUGGUUGAAAAGAAAGAAAACAGCCAAAAUAGCCGCCCGCGAGAACUUGAAAGGAAAGGUCACAGGCACAAACAUAGGAUUAGAUCGAUGAGGUCUCGAGCUGUAUAUUCAGAUACAGCUCUGUAUAAAAACUUCAAGAAGGGUACCAAUUCUCCACUGUUGCCCCAACCCAAACAAAAAGGGGAUGUGAAUUUGUUCAAAUGUUGAUUUUACUUGGGGUAAUUUUUUAAGAUUUAGUUUGUUUUUAUACCUUCUGAAAAGAAGUAAAGAGAGUUUUUUUAGUUUGUAUUUGGUACCUAGAUCUACUGGUAUAUGUAUCAAUUCAUCUUCGAAGGAAGAUUAAUAAUAAUUAUCAAACAA